AUGAGCAAGAAGUUCAAGUCGCAAGCAUCAGCUGCAAGCGCCCGUGCUGCUUCUGCCACCUUUGGGUCAUUCUCCCCUGGUCCCAGCUUUGGGGCUCCUGCUCUUGCCGGGUUCCAAACUACACCGUCGCCGCUUUCCUAUAUCGCUGAACAACCCGACUUGACUACCAUCACGGAUGCCAACCUCGUUGUCACGCUACGGAAUCUGGGGAAGAAAGACAGUACAACCAAAGCCAAGGCUCUUGAGGAACUGCAAGAUUAUGUGGGCUUGCUAGGCUCGGGCGAGGCCAUCGAGACUGGCUUGUUGGAUGCAUGGAUCAGCCUGUACCCUCGGACCUCGAUCGAUAACUCUCGAAGAGUUCGACAGCUCGCUCAUACUUUGCAAGGCUCACUCACAACCCUUGCCGGAAAACGAAUAGCUCCUCAGCUACCUAAAGUGAUCGGAGCAUGGCUCUCUGGCUUGUAUGAUAGUGACCGGUUGGUUGCUCGAGCGGCACAAGAUUCUGUUUCAACGGCUUUCAAUUCCGAGGAAAAAAGGCGGGCAUUGUGGAAGGUCUAUCGAGGUGCCUUGGUCGACUACGCCAACGAUGCGAUCCUGGUACAGACCCCUCAAACGCUGAGCGAUGAACGCUCAACCACACCAGACAAUGCAGAGUCCAAGUUCGUUCGCGUGGUGGGAAAUGCGGUGCAACUGCUCAGCCAGAUCGUCAAGGUCAAUUACCCGGCGGGCAGCGCAGACAAGCUGGCUGGGUUAGACAGUAUCAAGAUCAUUGUCGAAGAGAAGAAGCUAUGGGAAUACUCAUCACAUCAAGAUCCAACCCUGCGGAGAGCUCUAUGUAGCUUGGCCAAAACAUGCGCGGAUACCAUUGCCCAAGAAUUGAAUUGGAAGACCCUUAGCGUUUGCUUCAUUGGUAAAGCCUUGCACAGCAACCAGCUCGGCUCAUCCCGCCAACUCUCAGAAGCUCUUCUCAGUCUCACAUCGGUCCGACCAGAGAUAUGGACGAUAGACUACACCUCGAAAACGGCGGCGUCAAAACGGCUAUUUCAGUUUCUGCGAAAAGGAUCCCAACGAGGGCCUGUCGAAUUCUGGUCUGACGUCAAGGCACUCAUCAAGGGGAUUCCGCUCGAAGCUUGGAGCACCAUCACGGAGGACGGCAAGGUCCGUUUAGAAGAUGGCGCAGUUUUGCUAGAGUCUCUGCGCGCUGGUGUGACCAGUAGCGAAGAGCCCCGUCAAAACCUCGAAGCUGCAUGGUCAUCUUAUGUUGAGAUCUCCUUCUGGCUGCUAGAGAGGUCGGGUGACGAGCAGUCAAGGGUGAAGUUACUGGAAGACAAUGCCCUCCCUCUGGUUACGGAAUAUGCUGCGUCGGAAGCCAGCACGAGUCUGUGGGUACUUCCGAGUACGUGCAAUGCCGAGAUAGCGGCGUCAAUCCUCGUCAGUAUCCUCCACCGAGGAAUGCAUUCCUGUUUUGAAACCACCUGGACAAGGCUGUGCCAGAGUCUCGGCGAUCAUAUGAAAUUGUCCCUGCCAGAAUCCUCGAAAGACUUCGUCAAGUCACAGGAUAAGGUGAUCUCUCAAGCUCAGCGUCUAUUUCGACUCAAGAGGAUCAUCCUGGGUGCUCAACACCUUGCCUUAUCUGCAAAACAAUACGUGGCUGACGUGAUUCGGAGAUCAGACGAGAGCUUAGUGGUUGCGGCGAUUGAGCUCUUGGAGGCACGAAAUGGAAAGCCAUAUGGUGCAGCUGGUGUCCUCGAAACCGUUGUCGCUCCUACCGAAACGCUUCCGAAGUCACUGGAACUUUUCCUGGGCUCGGAUGCCCUUAGGCUGCUUGCUAGCCCAUCAGCAGAGUACUUGGUAGCAUUGUUAUUGCGCACACGCGCAAGCCUAGCACAAGUUUUCACGGCGUUGGUCUCUGCCGGAGACGGACCCAGUGCCUCCGCUGCACUUGGUCGACUCGCUGGUGACCUCUCUGAAGAAGAAUGUCUGCAAAUACCUGAUUUCGAGCCCUUCAUUGUGGAACGGAUAUCAUCACAUCUUGAAACCUCGACCACCCAGCAAGUGGUAAAGAGUAUACUUCAGAAUCCCAAACUCACCUCCUCUGCCCUCCACAAGAGAAUCUGCCAGAGGUUAGUCGAUCAGCUAUCUCCAGAUAACGGGGAAAAUUCACAGCAAGAUGUUCUUCGUUUUGUGCUCAGCCUUCUCAGUGACCGUACUGUCAACCCCUCCCCCUUCUCCGGCGAUGUAGCAAGACUGCUCCUUGCGAAGCUGCUCCUGCUCACCGAAUCUGGUGAUGAGGAAACAGCCGAGCUUGCGAGCGCAUUGCUAGGAAAGCUGAAAAGCACGCCGACAGGGACGUCGUCCACAGCUGUCUCUUCUGCGGCCCUUGUCGCCGACCAACUGUCAGGAAAGGGUGAUCCUCUCCCUGUCUUCGUCCUCGUCGAUCUUGGCAAAGACACCUUGAAAGCACUGUCAUCGCCACAUGGCCAUGUGCUCGACUCGCUUCUUCCCACCACAGCUCAGUGGGAAAACUCCCUCAAAGACCAUAUCACUAGGCCGCCACCGCCAUCGAUUUCUAUCACCAGUCCCUUACGCGGCUUGAUCUCCGUGAUCACGCCUGUGCAUGCAAGCACACCGACACUGUCUAGAGACUCGGAGGGACAUUCCUACCUGUUCCGGCUGUUUCUCUACGUGACCAAGAUGAUGCAUGCUACCAAUCUCUCCAUGUUACAGUCUGAAGAGCAGUUGUUGACACUGUACACCUACUACCCUCUGGCUCUAGAGAUUGUGAACGAGAAUUUGACCAUGGAGAGUCAAGAUGGCCUCUGGCAUAACACCAGUAACGAGGUCGUGGAAGACGCUGCUGAGGCACUCUCGCAAGGCACUUCGCUGGUACAGAAGUGGUUGCAGGAUGACAAAUUCAUCAAACUCUGGAUAGAGGCAAUCCGUUCAACAGAUUCGCUGGAUCCGGAUGCGUACUAUCACGGUUUGGCGUUUACCAAUAUUGCAUCGGGCUUUGUUGAUGAGCAUGGCUCCGCAAUGCUCACAUCAGCUUUCGAAGCGGAAAUCAAAGACCUGCAUCACGCAGACGAAGUCGUCCGAUCCGCAAGUUUGGUUUCCGCUUGCCGGCAUUACUUUAUCAGCUCUCAACAAGGACGAAAACUAUUGAACGAGUUGAUUGGAGCUGUGACGGGCAUAAAUGUACCCUCCACAUCGAACAUGGCCGUGAGGCCAUUGAUCCUCCUUGACAUCCUACUGAGUGGAAGUCCCGAACCCGUGGAGGGUAUACCGAGCCAACGCCAGAAUUUCCUCAUGCAAACACUGGUGCGCAUAUUUUCCGACCCUUCAGCAGAAUCAAAUCUCCAAGCAUUGACCAUCAGGCUUCUUGAGCCUAUCGUUGCGGCUGUCAAAGACCUCUACGGAGAACACUGGGAAAGAAUCCUACAAGGUCUCGCGGCUAUCUUGCAGAACAGAACCAGCUUGAACGAGGAUCUUCCUGUCUUACAUGCGUCUCUCCGGCUCUGCGGGCGAUUGAGGACUCUGGCUAAAUCUGAUGGAGCGAAUGAGGAUCUAGUGGACGCGUGGGAAGCCACAGACUCAUCCGUCGAAGAGGGUUUACUGGAUUGUCUGCGUGGUUUUAGCGACUCAUUGAACGGGAUCAAUCAGCCUACCCGGAUCACUGCUGAACUGCUGCGAAGGCAGCUGUCGCAGAUCCCUGCGCGCCACGAUGUGAGCCUAUAUCCUUUCCUUUCCUCGGCAGUGGACUCCGUCCAAGGAGCAGCCUACGACCUACUUCAUCGAUCUAUCCCUGCAGAGCAAGAGCAGAUCUCAUUAGACGUAGCACUGGAACAGAAAGCCGCACAUCUGCCAACGGAACUCCUGGAGUUGUUGCUCGAUAUGCCACAGACCUCCGCGAGGACAGAUGUGUUGCUGCAGCGAGGCUAUCUGCUCUGCUGGAAGCUGGUAUUUGAUCACUUUCCGAAGGCCUCAUACAAGCUUCAGGAAUUAUACACCGCGGAUCUCAAAGAGAAAGGUGUCGUGGGAGAUCUUCUUGAACUGAUUUGCGACGUCUGCCGGAUCACGAGUAGUCACCCGCUUGACGCCUCGAAAACCCAACUCAAGGACUUUGAACUUGGCACUAGCGAAACCGAGAAACAGGAAGAGCAGCGCUUGACACUGCAUCUUUAUUAUUGCUGCCUACUGUUCCUCCCCGGGCUCACCCGGAGCUGGUUCAUAGAACAGAAAAAUCGUGUCAAGUCACCACUCGAGAGCUGGACUCAGAAGUACUUUUCGCCAUCCCUGAUCUCGGCCGCAGCUGCUACGGUCACCAACUGGGUACAAACUCAAUCCCAAGAUGAGAGCGAUUCACCCAUGACGAUUAAAACAUCACUCAGUGGAUCCGAGACAGUGGCCUCGAUUGCUGUGGAUCCCGAGUCACCGCCUAUCUCUUUGGCCAUCUCCCUACCAAAGAGUUACCCUCUGGAUUCUCCGAGUGUCUUUUCGCGUACCCGAGUGGGUGUUUCUGAGAAGAACUGGCAAUCAUGGCUCCGGACCAUUCAGAUCAUUAUAUUCAGCACCGGCAGCAUCAUUGAGGGCCUCAUCGCGUUCCGACGCAACGUGCAAGGCGUCUUGAAGGGACAAAGCGAAUGUGCCAUCUGCUAUUCUAUCAUCGGCACAGAUAUGCAGAUUCCCAACAAGCGAUGCGGGACCUGCAGGAAUACCUUCCAUGGGGCUUGCCUGUUCCGCUGGUUCAAGAGCUCCAACAGCUCGAGUUGUCCACUCUGUCGGAACAACUUCAAUUACGCCUAA